GAAAGGGAACUCAUCUUUGCGGCGGUUGUGUUUGUCCUUUCGGCCAUUUACUUAUAGUAUUUAUUUAUUUAUUCAAUUAUUUAUAUACUUAUCAAAGCAUGGCUGACACGAUGCAAGUGCCUGUGCAAGUGAUGAAACCCGAGUGCAUUAAACAGGAGGAAAGAAGCAUGGGGCCUGGCAUGUUGGCUGCUCAGCGUAUGAACAAUAUGCAUGGACGCCCACGAGGAAGACUACCGAGAACAAUACAUCGCCCUACACCUGCAGAACUGCCUUUGGAAGAGGCAGCAAAACGGGAGAUGCAGGCACUUCCCUCCAAAACACCAGUGUCUGUACUGCAGGAGCUGCUCAGUCGCAGAGGAACAACUCCAAAGUAUGAGUUGGUUCAGGUGGAGGGAGCCAUUCACGAGCCGACUUUCCGCUACAGGGUCACCGUCGCAGAUGUCGUAGCAAUGGGUAUCGGCCGGUCCAAAAAGGAAGCCAAGCAUGCAGCAGCAAAAAAUGUUUUGGACAAGUUGAUUGGAAACACUGACCCUAACAUGAUGAAUUCUAUGUCCAACUCUAUUAAUGACCAGUUAUU